AUGACCGUCCUAGUACCAUCCUUUCUACCUCCACCGCCUUCUACACACCAGCCUCUCCCACUUAUUGUCAAACCAACUCUAGAGCCUCGACAGCACGCGGAACCAACACCAAAUCUGUCAAAGUUACCACAAGUGGGGACACCUUUGGAAGAAAUACGGUUGAGCAUCCCCGAAGUACGUCUCCCAGUGGCGAGCAUAUCGGAUGAGAUGGCAGCGGCAAUGACGGUUGGAUUACUUGGACAUGUUUUGUUUCUCAAGAACCAAAUACCAUUACCGAUAAACCAGCUCUACCGACUGUCAUCUCCACCAUCCAAAAAAACUACACCCUCUAAUACGCUCAAUAGCCAAAAGGCCAUCAAAAAGCGCACCGACCUCAUCGAAGCUUUCGAUGAACUGUCCUGUCACCUCCAGUCUACUUUCAGCGCCCUCAGUACCGCCCUCGCUCACUCCAAAUCUCCUCACCAAUCGAAUCUUCCAAUUGGACGCUCAGGGCGUCAGGAUGAGAAUGCGCAGCCCAUGGAUGGACAGGGGAUAGGUGGAGGAGCGGUGCAGAGAGCCAAUGCGUAUGUGGCAUUUGUGUUGGGGCCGACGGUGGGGGUUCCGAAGGCAAGAGUUAUAUUAUCUCUGGAAGGCCUCGACGUGAAGGUAUGGGGAACUAGGAAGGAAACACCGUCGGUUCAGCACUCUAGCUCCGCCGAUCCGAACGAGGGCAGGGUGAAAGUUGAGGAAAGUAGCAUCUUUGACGAGGAUAUUGAGGCGGACAGUGACGUCGAGCCCCUCCCGUCUGACAGCGACGAUGAGGAUUCCGAUACAGCUAGUUCCAGCGAGACUGAGAGCGAGGAACCCACAUACGCCGCACAGCAAGCAUUUCUUGACGCUCAAACUCGCCUUCUAUCCAGACGACUGGCGGAAGCCAAUGCGUCCGAAGAAGGCGGUCUUGCUAGUGAAAUGGGACUUACACAAACGCACGUCUUGAUCCGCGCUCCGCGUCGCUUCACCCAUCCAUCCUGGCGUCCCCUCCAAUCCCACACUUCUUCCCUGGACAACACCCUCCGCGACUUUCUAGACUACUCACAACUCUCGGUGUCACCUACCACUGCCUCCGCUAGUGCCAACACCACCACAACCACCACAUCUCGCCCGGAUAGUGAAUCUCCGGAGGAAGCAGGCGCAGAUGAUUCCGCUCGUUCUUCAGUAGGCGGGGGAUCGUUCGGAUUGGCGAUGAAGGCGAAGAAAAUGUGGAAAGGGGGUGUAAAGACGGAAGGUGUUUGGAUCGGAUGUGAUGGUGUGCGGAGAACGAGGCAUUCCAUUGAUACUGGCCGUCGUCCAGAUGUAGACUUGACUGUCGAAGGAGAGACCGCGGCGGGCGAAGUUCCACGGAUGGAGGCGGAGGGUGGCGUAGUGGACGAGGAGGAUGAGAUGAUCUGGUGGGCUUGGGACGGGAAGUUGGUUGGCUUUUCGGAGUGGUAAGAUCGGUUUGUCGUUACUAUAUGUGAGUAUGCCGGUGGGGCGGUCGGUGUGCUCUUGAACUCAUGGACAUAUAUGUGUCUACGAAGGUCUGUAUAGUCUCGGAGGUUCAGAUUUUUUACGUGCAUUUUGCUGUCCUUUUUCUCUACGCAUCUACGCAACACACCAUUCAUCAUCACUAACCCGCAACAUAGCAUCAUUCAAUCAUCGACGUAGGACACUGUCUGUACAUAGUCAUGACCACAAUCAC